GAAUCACUAACGAUUUUUCUUGCGAUAUCAAAAGGAUUAAGUUGACGUGCUACAUAGUAUAGUGACAGUACUGGUACAGCAUCGAUGAACGAAUAACCUUUGAAAAAUCGGCAUCUACAUCCCAAGAGGAUUAUCGAGCAAGGAAACUUGUUUGAUUUAUCAUCGUAAUUGAUAAACGAUCGUAAAGCAACAUGAGACUUAAAGGCACAGUCUUGUACUCUCAUUUAUUCAUUUCACCAUGAACAUCCCCGGUUAGUCGUACAGUGCGUCGGACACGCAUUAAGUCUACCUGUAGGUGAGGUCGAUCAAUGACGUCACUCCCAUACAUAAGCCAAUAAGAAAGCAGGCAAGGUAUCCUCUCGGCCAAUGAGAUUUUUGGAUUAUGCGAGGUUAUCCCAUAGCGAAGUGGUUCAGUCGAGGCUGAACCAUCUCGCUGCAAGGUCUUUUCACGUUUGAAGCGAUCAAAUCCAACGUCGACUCACUAGCGGACUGGCCGGUCGGCACGCGUAAAUAUCCUGGAGGGGGUAAAAACUGGGUCGAGGGUAGUGGAAACCUGGACCAAUAGCAAGAGUCAGCGCUAUCCCACCAUUCGGUUCCUGCGCGCUUUUCUAUGGAGGACCCAGUACACUUUUGGAUCUUCCGUCGAGAGGUUCUUUUUCGUUUAUGUUAAACGGUGCGUGAAGUGGGUGCAGUGAGUCUUGGAGAUUUCUAUCUCGCCAGCCGGCGAUGCAGGGCUGGCGAGCAGUGUAUACGAGUGAAAAAUGAAAAUGUCGUCAAGAAGGUAGUGGCCGUGCGGGCCAGUGCCGGCCUGGCCGGCGCCAAGGCAACAAUGACAAGCAAACGCACCGGGAUACCAGCUGUCAACGCUCUUCAAAGCUCCAGCUUGAUGAUCGUCUUCGCGAGCAUGAUGUUCUUCGUCGUGAUGCAGGCACGGGCCAGGGCUACGGCCAAUGGGGAACCUUGUAAUAUAACUGCCGAUGGACGGGAGCUCAGUUGCCGCGGGGCUGGCUUAUUAUCUGUCGCCGACGCAUUGCAACAGCUCUUGUCCUCGUACUCCUCCUCGGAGUCCUCGUCAACUGCUACACUCCUCGCCAUGCUCAAUCUCACUAAGCUAGAUCUUACGAGCAACAAUCUAACGGACAUUCCGGCUCAGGCUUUUCAUCAAUUUUCUAAUCUUCAAAUAUUAUUGCUUCGACGCAACCGUUUGAGCAACAUCAACGAACACGCAUUUUCCAAUUUGACAAAUCUUCGAGUGCUAGAACUCGAUGAUAAUUACUUAACGGAUAUUCCCAGUGCGAUUAAGCAGCUCGUCAACAUGGAGGACUUAUCGAUAACGAAUAACAGAAUACAGAGAAUAAACGCCGACGCAUUCAGUCGCGCGAGUAACUUGGUCUCUCUUGAUUUACGUGGAAAUCCUAUAAAGAGAAUUCACGUGGAUGCUUUUCAAAAUCUUCACAGACUGCGUAAGUUGAUUCUGUCGAAUGCCAAGGAUUUGGAAGAUUUCCCUAAUUUGAAUGGGACCAGUUCUUUGGAGGUCCUGCGAGUCGAUCGUGCUCACCUGCGAGAAGUGCCGGAGGAUCUUUGCGAGAAAUGUCCAAAGCUCAAAAGUUUAGACAUGAAGUCGAAUCAAUUGACUCGUAUUCCAAAUUUGAAGGGUUGUAAUGAUCUUCGGGUCUUGGAUCUGGCAAGUAACCUCAUUACUUCCUUGGACGAGCAGCCCUUCGGCAGUCUUCGCGCACUUCACGAUUUACUUUUGUCCAAUAAUAAUUUAAGGACCAUACCCAGAGACGCAUUUACUGGAUUAACUCGAUUACAAGUAUUAGACUUGGAAAGUAAUGUAAUAGAGGACAUACAUCCAGAUGCCUUUAGGGAAACAAGGCAACUGGAAGAUUUGAAUUUAGGCAAUAAUGUAUUUCCGACCCUUCCGAUAACCGGCUUAUCGAGACUCUUACACUUGAAGACCUUCAAUAAUCCUGCCCUGAGGGAGUUUCCUGCUCCCGAUAGAUUCCCUAGGGUGCAAACUAUGGUCCUCUCCUACGCUUAUCAUUGUUGCUCCUUUCUGGCGAUCAACGUUGACGAUCCUGUGACAAAGUCGCCCGUCAGAGAAUCCGUACUCUUUCCCACGGACAAUGAAUUCGACAUGAGCCUUUGGAAUUCGAGCCUAACUGACAUUUGGCCGCAGUUGCAUAACUUGAGCAACAAAUUUGGAUCAGAAAUAAAUGAACUUUGGGAUAACUUUGGUUCAGAUUUCACUUACCCUGGUAAUCUGCCGUCCUACGUCGAGGAUUAUUUCGAGGAUCAGGACGGAAGGACGACUGUCGCAGGACAAAUUGCAAAUCCUCCGCACAUACAGUGCUUGCCACAGCCUGGACCUUUUUUGCCAUGCCAAGACCUCUUUGACUGGUGGACACUUCGUUGUGGCGUCUGGAUCGUCUUUCUUCUGGCAAUGCUUGGAAACGGUACCGUCGUCUUCGUCCUAAUCUUCUCCAGGAGCAAAAUGGAUGUGCCCAGAUUCCUCGUUUGUAACCUGGCCGCUGCCGAUUUCUUUAUGGGAAUUUAUCUAGGCUUAUUGGCCGUAGUGGAUGCAUCGACCCUUGGAGAAUUUCGUAUGUAUGCUAUACCCUGGCAGAUGUCAGCAGGCUGCCAGCUGGCCGGCUUCCUCGGAGUUCUCAGUUCGGAGUUGAGUGUCUAUACUCUGGCAGUGAUAACACUCGAGCGUAAUUACGCGAUCACGCAUGCAAUGCAUUUGAACAAACGAUUGUCAUUGAAGCACGCUGGCUACAUAAUGACAGUCGGUUGGGGUUUCGCUGUGUCUAUGGCCACACUGCCGUUACUUGGAAUAUCCGACUAUCGUAAAUUUGCCAUCUGCCUGCCGUUCGAAACAACGGGUACUGCCUCGUUAACCUACGUAGUGUUCCUUAUGUUGAUAAACGGCGUAGCCUUCCUCAUUCUGAUGGGAUGCUACCUCAAGAUGUAUUGUGCUAUUAGAGGCUCCCAGGCCUGGAAUUCAAAUGACUCCCGAAUCGCCAAGAGGAUGGCUCUCCUGGUCUUUACUGAUUUUCUUUGCUGGUCGCCGAUAGCCUUUUUCUCCUUGACGGCAGCAUUCGGUCUUCAACUGGUCUCCCUUGAGCAGGCCAAAGUAUUUGCAGUGUUCGUCCUUCCUUUGAAUUCUUGCUGCAAUCCGUUUCUUUAUGCCAUCCUGACCAAGCAAUUCAAGAAAGACUGCGUUCUCAUAUGCAAGGCCAUCGAAGAGUCCAGAGUCACCAGAGGAAUUGGAAGAUGUCGGCACAGUUCGAAUUUCAGUAAUCGUCAGACUCCGGCAAACACCAACAGUCUUGUGGACAGAUCGAGUCGCGAGCAACAACCUUGUGCUUGCAACACGCGUCUUCUCGAGAACGGACAGUACUCCUCCAGUUGGUGGAGAUCCAGAUGGUUGUGGCCAUGUCAAGUUCAAAGGCAACGACACACUAGGAGCGAUCAGUACGCCUAUCAGAUUGCAGAAAUUCAACAAAAGCAGCACAAGAGAGCCUCUUCCGUCUCGUCCAGUGAGAACUUUUCAUCCUCUAGAUCGGAUUCCUGGAGGCAGACCCACCAUUGCGGGAUACCUCUAAGAUUAUUGGAUCCUAAGAGAAGGGCUUCUUCAUGGUUGAUCACCAGGAAGCCAUCGCAGGACUCGAAUCUAAGUUCAUCGAGAAAUGAUUCCUCCGGAUCAGCAACCACGGCUAGUACCAGCACAUGGAGAAUGUCUAGAUCGAGUGCCAGCUUAGAAGUCUCAAGACCCGCACCAAGGCCAGUUAGACCAAAACCCAGACUCACGAGGCAACUCGCUAUCCAAGAACCCGAGCCACCAGGCUCACCAGGCAGACUCGCUGUUAGACUUCUUGCCACUAUUCCUUCCGCCGCGGAGAUGAGCGAACAACAAGAUGACGACGGCGCCCUGGCGAAUUAAAAGAGAUAAUUCGCUCGUGCAGAGAAUUAUAAAUACUUGAAGAGAAUCAAGUUAAGUGAUGAGUUCGUAUACUAUAAAAGAUAUUCCUUUCUCUCGAGGAGCGAAGGAGACUAGAUUGCGGAUGACUUAGUCAAUAUAUUGUAGCGUAUUACGUAUACAGGAAUACGUAUUUCGGUCGAACCGAGCCAUGACAACGGAAGAGGACACCAUGACAUUUUAGUAUUGUAUAACUAUUAAUGCGCUAAUCGAUUGAUCAUGACAGGAGAAGUAACGAGCGUGUACAGAAAAGUGAUGCCUCUCCCUUAAUGCAGCCUUUAGCUCUUUUCAGCUGAGAAAGGAUAGAAUAUAAUAUUUCUACGUCUACUUAAUUUUAUCUACUAUUAAGAGCCUGCAAUAUAGUGGAAGACCCUCGGGACUGCAUUAAUUGAGCACCGUGCCAAUUGUGCUGGACACAGGAUACCACUAUAAAUACUAUUUCUAAAUAGCAACUAAUCACCCUCAGCAAUCUUACAUCGGCCAAUCGAGACGUACCCUGGGUCCAUCUCCGUUGCUCACUCGAAAUUCCAAGCGGAUUUUAAUGAGUUAAUGCAGAGUCUUUUGGCAAGUAGUCCAAUUUCCACUCAUGGAAACGAUGUACCAUAACUUUCGGUUGUACAUUGCUGUAAAAGGAAGUUUUGCCAUCAAUUUCCGAUAACAUAGCUAUUUAAACACACGCUCUCUCUCUCUCUCUCUCUCUCUCUCUCUCUCUCUCUCUCUCUCUCUCUCUCUCUCUCUUCUCAAUUAUAAGACUGACCGUAGACGCCAUAGAUAUUUAACAUGAACGUAGCAUCGAAACGUUCAUCAGGGAUGCAUCCAGGGAAUUGACGAUGCAACUCGUUACUUCAUAAUCUGCAGUGCAAUUACAAUUUACACGUGGACCUCUCUUUUAACCGAUUGACUUUUAAUAUUAAUAGCAUUGCGCCAACUGCCGUACUAUUUUAUACGAUUCUCAAUAAUUGGGAGAAACAAUCAUUUUCUUUUUCAUGUCUCAAGUUAAGAGGAACUCCUUGUUAGUUUUUCAACAGAAUCAUUGUGUAUCAAGUGGGAACGUCCAUUAGAUCUGAGAAGAACCAACGAAACAUUAUAAAAUAUAUAGGGAACACUAUAUGAAACUAAUUAAAAAAACAAGAGUAUCAUAUUCCAUCUACGCAGUGUCCUAGCAAUUACUGGUAACUAUAUUACUUGGAGGAGGUGGAUACUCGUUGAUCUAAUAAAAGAAAGCGACAAGACGUUGACUCACCUAUAGCAGAUUAAAGGAAUAGUCGAAAUUUGGUAAACUCUAAAGCCUGUAUUCAGAACUCGCUCUUAGUGCUAAUAGCGCGCUCUUAAAUUCUUUCUUAGUGACUUUUAACUACAAGCGACUCUGUUAGUGACUUUAAGAGCGAGUUGUGAAUACGGGCUUAUGAUUGCAAAAGAAGCUAUGUAUCGUAGCUUUAAAGAUAAAGUGAAUCUCAACACGAUUGUAUCCGAAGAGGCAAAAGUAAAUAAUCACCGAGACACAUACUUUUGCUUCUACAGUUUUGACUUAUAUACACGCGUAACACUUAGGAGAUACUUGAAGGGAGAAUUUUCCCUGCGCACAAAAUUCACACAAACGUUUUAUUACCUGUUACUCGUGAAGCUGCGACGAGUAGUUUUUUCUUAGCGAUUUUUGUAAAUACUGUAAUCACUUUUUUACUUGAUCCCCCUUAUCGCCCCCCUCUACCCGCUAAUUGACUAGACAGGCCCUUUGCGUUUUACUUCGUUACUUAGAGUUUACCUUUAGAAUAUUUACUUAUUUAUAUUCGACACAUGGACUCGUAAGUAACGUCGUUUAAGGACUUGUUAGUUAAGUAAAGGCGAGUAUUAUUAUUUAUACAAAGUAAUAUAUAUCUAUAUACAAAUAUAUAUAUUUAUUAGAUUUACACCAACAACGUGCGGCGUCUAGAAGUCGGGUAAAAGAUGGGAUCCUUUUUUUCUAUUCUUUUUCACGAGGAUUGUCGUCGCGAAUGAAUUUUUCGCGCAAGUAGCCCAGCGACGCCACGCGGCACCUGCUAUGCAUUGUCAAAGUGAAAAUAAGUGGACAAAAGAAAAAGAGGGGAUAAAAGGAAACAGAACAAACGUUGUUCGACAAUAAGAACUGAAUGCUAUGCUCUUCUAAACCUAGUCCAUAUUUUGCAGUAACUGUUAUACUGUUGCUGUGUUGUUUACUACGGCGAGAAACCUUUGUCGACAUGGACAUCUACAUUUGUAACUGAACGAGAAGAAAAGUUUAAAACUAGCUAGCUAAUAUUAAAUUUGAAUUUAUUAACGGAUUUAUGAGGAGUUAAAUUUUAAGCGAACGAAUUUGUAAGUACCCGAUUGACUUUGCGAAUGGGACUCGCUUACAUUUUUCAUAGUCGUAUUAAUUGUAAAAGUCGAAUUAAUCCUCCCAAUUAUUUAUUUAUUUAUUUUACCAUUUGAUUGGAAAAUAUUGUAAAUCUUUACAAGGAUCCAAAGUGAAUUAACGAAUAAUAGAGUAAAAUUAAUCAGUGGCUUUGCAAUAAAAUUGAGACACACUCAA